AUGGGUGAGGGGCCAUCAAUUGAGGAAUUUGAUGAAGAACUUGGUGAAUGGGUCACAGUCUAUACCUCACCUUCAUCAUUCGCACAACCCACACCAGAACCAACACCACAACCAAGUACACCCACCACCUCAUCAGCCUAUCUACAUUUCUAUGCACCAGAAUCCAAGUACUAUUUUACAGGUGCAUCAACACAAUCAAAUGAGGGAAUGGGUGAGGGCCAUCAAUUGAAGAAUUUGAUGAAGAACUUGUAUUAA